CCCCCACGUUAUUUAUACCCAUUAACUUCCCUCAUCUUCCUCCAUCGUCUUCUCAAAUCUUAGCUUCACUCACUGAGUUCUACCAUUCAUACACCUGUCAUUAUCCAUGGCGAUCAAAGUCUACGGUUCCAUGCUCUCCACUGCAACUCUCCGCGUUCUUCUCUGCCUCACCGAGAAGGAUCUCGACUUCGAGCUCAUUAACAUCGAUCUGGCCGCCGGAGAACACAAAAUGCCUCAUAUGCUUUCACGAAAUCCGUUCGGUCAGAUUCCAGCGUUUGAAGACGGUGACAUCAAACUCUUCGAAUCUAGGGCGAUUAUAAAGUAUAUAGUACGGACAUACGUUAAUAAGGGGACGGAUCUGGUAAGCAACGAUCCGAAGAAGAAGGCGAUUGAGACGAUGUGGAUGGAAGUGGAGUCUCAGACAUUUGAUCCGGCGACGGUAGGGUUAGCUUGGGAGCUUUGUAUGAAGCGAUUCUUAUUUGGAAAGAAAGGAAAUCAGACGAUUGUGAAGGAGGAAGAGAAGAGGCUUGAACGCUUGCUUGAUGUGUAUGAAUCACGGCUGUCGGAGAGCAAGUAUUUGGGCGGAGAUAGUUUUUCGUUGGCGGAUCUCAACCACAUUCCGAUGAUCAAGUUCUUGAUGGAUACGCAGACGAAAGAGGUGUUUGAGGCGCGUGAACAUACGAGCGCGUGGAUUGCGGAUAUAUUGUCACGGCCGGCGUGUUUAAAGGUAUUUGGUAUACCCGCUUAUUAAAAUAGCUUCCUGCUUAUUAGAAAUAGCUUUGUGAGUUGUACGUUGUGCUUCAUGUUGUUGUACUCUAUGUUUUGUUGGUGUUUUUUUCAAUUUAAUUGCAAUGCACGUGGUUUUUAGAAAACUUCAAA